AUGUCCGACAACGCACCUCUGCCACCACCAGAUCCUCUGCCCAACCCUUCGAGCAGCACGCCCAGCCUGCUCAGCAAGCCACCACGCAAACACGUUCGUUACCGCUUCCUGACCCCAUCCGAGCGAGGCAUCUUCGCCCGAGCCGUCGGGGCAGACAUGGACUCCGAGGACCAGACGCCCCUCUAUCCUCCAACGUCGAUAUACUGGUUCAAACCCCGCCGCAGACUGCAGAGCGGUCUCUACAGGGACGUCGGUGCCUUGCGCCGCAAGUAUCUGUUCUACUUCCACGCCGUUGCCUUCCUCCGCUGGGCCGGCAUGAUGAUGCAGCUCUUCGUCGGCGCUGCCCUCACCGGCGUCGGCGCCAUGGCUUUCCAGAAUGGCAUUCCCAUCACCAUCUUGGCCGGCGUCAACACGGUCAUCGCCGGCAUGCUCGCCAUGAUUCAUAACUCUGGCUUGCCUGACCGCUACCGUAUCAACCAGGCCGAAUUUGAGGGCGUCGAGGAUCUGAUCAAGGCCGUGCUCAACACGGGCAUCGUCGAAGAUACCCAGACCGUCGACCAGGCCAUCAUGGAGUGCUUCGAGACCUAUCGUUAUACGAGGGCCGUCGUGGCUGCCAACGACCCCUCCUUCUACACGUCCAUGGCUAUACGGAGAGCUGGUAACACGGAGGCUGCCCGCGAUAGCAUGGUUGUGACCCGCCCACAUCCUCGUGCGUCAUCCUGA